GUUGUAUGCGUGCCUGUCCGUGCCUCUUGUGCUGCUUGUAGUCAUCUCGUCCAACGUUAAGUUUCCCGCUUCUGGUUUGCAAUCCGAAGCGAUUACUGCUGUCACAAGUGCGCCUCACUCAGCGUCCUGCAGUCAGCUGAGGCCCUCCAACACACCACGGUUGGUGGCUGGACAUCGGCUCACCGACCCCACGGACCCAAACACGCGACAGAAACACCCAGGACGGACACUGUCGAAUCUCUAUGAAUACCACACGAUUUUAUGACCAUCAUACUCAGAAACCUUUCUACUGCUGAGACCGCAAAUCGACAUUCUUGAUCUGUGUCAUUGCUGGGGUUGGGGCAUGCGUCAUGGCUUUCCAACAACCCACGCGACAGCUCCCGCCGCGGGUUCACCGCAACGAACCAGCGGACGCAGAAUCGGCGGUCCUUUCUCCCCAGGACCGCGGGGCGCCGACCGAGUCUCAGACAUGGGUUCUCUUCACGCCGGGCACAGACGCAGGAACAACAGCCUCGUACCUCAGUUCGGCCCAAGACGACCAAAUAACCCCGGGAAGAUCGAGAAUCAGCGAUCUGGGCAGCCUUGACACCGCCACACCGUCCGAGUUCAACCUGCAGGUGCCGUCAGAAGCCCUUGCGGGGAGCGUCGCCGAGGAGGACGCCGAGCUCGACAGCCUCGACAGCCACCUUCCCGAAUUUCGAGGUGUCGCGAGUUCCUUCAACCAAUCCCAAGUUCCCCACACCGCGCCGGUGCUGCCAGGGCACGAUGGGCUUGGCUCGUUCAAGUUCGAGGUCCCGGGCCUGAGCGCCGACGCUCAAGAACGACUCUAUGCGUUCGAGAGAUUCAACCCCAAUCGGGUGGGCAACCGAGCUGAGAGUUUCAGCCUUGGCCAGCUGGAGCCUGAGAGCGAGGAGGCGCAAGAGCUGGAACGGACCCGCAGGAUAGAGGCAUGGCGGUUGGAGCAGAGCCAGCUCUUGCUCGAAGACAUUCGAAAAGAGACAAGGAGAAGGCGCAAGUCGGAGGUAUCACUCCGAAAGAGCCAGCAGGAGACUAGCUUGGCGCGUGAGGCGCCGGAAAGGAGCGUCGCAGACGAAGAAGCGGCAGAUAUCACCCUUGGCGGAACCGACUGGCACGACCAGGAUUCGCCAGCAUCGAGCGACCCAAGCCCCGGCUUUUGGACCCGAAUCGCUCGCAAGGUCAUCUGUGACCUGAUGGGCAUUGAUGACAAAUUGCUUGCGGUUCUGUUCGGGGAAGCGCUUCCAGAUGAUGAGAUGCUCCAGUCGCCGCCCAAGAGCCCGGCAGCGGAAGCAGUGCCGCACAAAUCAGGCCGAGUCGACGAGUCAUCGCUUGACUCUGAAUGGCAACUACGGCUUCUGAACAGGAUAGCGAGGGAGCUUGGCGGCCUAGUGUACCAAACAUGUCCACAUCCCGGCGCCUUCUCCACUUACUCACGGGUGCAGCACAUGCCUCUGCCGUAUGCUGGCCUGCCUGUCAUACCGGAAGCGACCACUGAUGGGAGCGACGGCGGGGAGAGGAUGGAUGACAGCAUCCCAUACAUGCCGCAGUUCAAGCCUACAGUUGGCCAGGCGGCUGAUGUUCACGGCGCGCGGUCGUGCGAGCCUCCCACGCUCUCGGCCCCAUCGGCACCCGACAUGACUCGGAGCGAUCCCCACACGUUCACGCAGCAAGAGUGGGAACAGGACCUUGACAUCCGGCUGGUCUUCCGCUACCUCCGCUCCCGCUUCACUUCGGCUCGGCCAUCGUCACCGCCAUUCUCGUCGGGUGCGUCCCAUCUCGCCGCCUCGAGCACGCAGGAUAUCGCCGCAAAAGCGGCAAGGGUGCGUCAGCACCAUCCGCUCGUGUCUCACGCACACGCACACGGGUACCACCGCGCCCGCCCGGUCGAGCGGCGCACGUUCAAGGCGACGGUCCCGCCCAGUCCCGUUGGGCUCCGACACCCGCCUGGCAGUUGCGCCAGCCAGAGCACUCGGCGGUCUGCGAGGAGGAGCAGCGUCUCCUCGAGGCCGUCGUCCCGCCAUUACUGGGAUAUUGGCGGGUCGAUUGGAACCGGCAGCGUCAUUACGAGUACCGGGCCGAUGGGGAGCUGGGGCGAGGUGUGAAUGAGGUGCCCGUGCACACGCCGAGCCAGUCGAGUCAUCGUGGCAGCAUGUUUCAGCGUGAAGGUCUGUAUUAUAUUACGUCUCUGACUCCAGAUGCGUCAUGGCUUGGGUUGCAAACGGGGAGCGGGGCGUUCGGAUAUCAUCGCAUUCAAUUGUUGCAUUUCACGUUGGUAGAUUCACAGACGGCAAUCUCACUACUGCAUACCUGGUAUCCAGAAUACCUACAGACG